AUGGGGGUUCUGGAAAGCAUAAAGGAUUUUGGAAAAUACUCCAACCAAUACAUAGCAGCUUUCACAGUAACGCUGCUGACACUCGCAGUAAUCGCAUCGUAUGGUUGGACGUCACCAACCCUUCCGAUACUGCUGGCCGCUGAUUCACCUUUGCCUAUUACACCGGACGAAAGCUCAUGGAUAGUAUCGAUACUGGUCCUAGCGUCAAUCGCUGGACCGGUAAUUACGGCCUGGUCAAUAGACAGAUUUGGUCGGAAAUACACCAUGCUAUUUGCUGCCCUCCCAACCAUAAUCGGAUGGAUUCUGAUCGGUGUUGCCGAAUCGGUGACUGUCCUCUACAUCUCUCGAUUCCUCAGCGGUAUUUCCUACGGCAUGUCCUACGCCUCGAUUCCGAUUUAUUUGGGAGAAAUAGCUUCCGAUCCAAUCCGAGGAUCCAUCGGAACUCUGUUGACCGUAAUGGCUAAGUUAGGCAUCUUCAUCGAAUACAGUAUCGGCCCAUUCGUUGGAUUCCGAACCCUAGCUUGGAUCUCUUUAACCUUUCCGGUGGCCUUCGUCUUUCUGUUUAUCUGGAUGCCCGAAUCUCCAUACUAUCUGCUUUCCCAGGACAAAGCCGAUGCUGCCGAGAAAAGUCUCCGAUGGCUUCGGAAGCGUGAUGGUAUCGAGGACGAACUAGCCAUGAUGAAAGCCGCCGUAGUUCGAUCCAAACAGAACAAAGGAACGUUCCGGGAUCUACUUACUCACGGUAAUCGUCGAUCACUCAUCAUCGUGCUAGGUUUAGGAGCCCUUCAACAGCUUUGCGGCAGUCAAGCUGUUAUCGCUUACUCCCAGCAGAUCUUCGAAGAAGUCCAAAGUGGUCUGGAGGCUCAUGAAUCAUCAAUCAUGAUGGCAGGCAUUCAACUGGUCACCGCAGCCUUCUCUUCAUCAAUCGUCGAUCGCGCAGGUCGACGACCACUGCUCCUCAUCUCAACUGCCGGCUGCGCAGUUGGAACUUUUGUCGUUGGACUGUAUUUCUUCCUUCAGCAGCAAGGAGUCGAAGUUCAAAGCUACAGCUGGAUACCUCUCGUGGUUAUGAUGCUGUACAUCAUCUCCUACACCAUCGGCUUAGCAACGGUUCCCUUCGCAAUCCUCGGAGAAGUUUUCCCCACAAACGUGAAAGCCGUUGCCGCUGCCAUGUACACGAUCGUUGCUGCAACGGUUGGAUUCGGAGUGUCAAAACUGUACCAGGUUAUUUCCGAUGAGCUCGGAACCUACGUUUCGUUCUGGAUUUUUGCUGUUUGUUCGGCGCUGUUCCUGAUCUUUGUGUUCGUACUGGUACCGGAGACGAAGGGCAAACCGCUGGAUCAGAUUCUAGAAGAGAUGAAAUCCCCCGAGAAACGAAGUUUGAACUGUAGCAGCUGCUGCGGACAACGGAAAAAGUUCGAGUUCUGA